AAUAAGAGUGUCACAGACUUUCCUGCCCAGGCUGACUUCAAACUAUGGUUUUCAGAUCUCAGCCUCCUGAGUAGCCAGGAUUAUAGGCAUGAGCCAUGGGAAGAAGCCACCAAACUGAAACUAGCUCUGAGCUCACUCCUUAGCCUAUAAUGUAGCUAAGGGUUGCUAUGAAGUCACACACAUUAUUACAUCAGAGGAAGCAGCUCAUCACAAUUAGACUCCAGGGAGGGAGAUUCCAGAAGAAAAAUGGCUUCAGGGAAAGACACUGGUCCUACCUUACCCAAACUGACCAACAACGACCCAGACGAGAAUUCAUCUAAACCUGCUAAUAAGUGUGGUGAGAUUCAUUUGCCUCGGUUUUCACUGAAGCAAGGAAUGAUCCCAACACGUUAUGUUAUGCCUUGGAAAGAAAGUAUGAAAUAUAGGCGUGUGAAUAUGAAGCAAGCAGAAGCACACGGGAUUUACAUGGGCCCAUUAGAAGACUCUCUGUUUCUGAACCGCAGAGAACGGCUCUGCCAUGGGGAAGAUCGCAAAGUUGUCUUAAAGAAAGGCACAUCAGAAAUAAAAGUCAUGGACUUGCCUAUGCACUCACCGCUCUCCAAAUACCAAAGCACUGUGAUCUCCCAUGGCUACCGGCGGCGCCUGAUCUAAGCAAGAAAGAGAGCAGCCAGCUGAGCUGAGGGCACAGCUCAGUGUAGGACAGCAG